GGGUCGAGUUCCCAACUCUCUCUCUCUCUCUCUCUCUCUCAGCUUGUGCUUGUCGCCGAAGAAGAAGAAGAAACAGGUCGUCAAUGGCGGCAAGGUUGCUUGCUUUGAGACGCGCUUUGUCUCUCUUCAGUAACCAACCACAUCGAAUCCCUUUGUCUCAAGUCUCAACAGAGCAGUUGUCGCUAUCAAACUCACUCUUCAGGAGGAAUAAUGUAUAUGGAAGAUUAUUUCAGAGACAAUUAUGUGUAACCCGUGAGGCUAAAGAAACUUCAGUAACCAAUGGCUGCAACUCCUCAAACUCUGCUACUGAAUCGGCCGAAGUUCCUUCCCCUGUGACCGCCUCUGAGGAACUGAUAGUGAAGUACAAGUCCCAGUUGAAAAUAAACCCGAGGCAUGACUUCAUGAUGGUCUUUACUUGCAAGGUCUGUGAUACAAGAUCUAUGAAAAUGGCGAGCCGAGAAUCAUAUGAGAAAGGAGUUGUGGUGGUACGAUGUGGAGGAUGUGAUAAUCUACAUUUGAUUGCAGACCGUUGUGGUUGGUUCGGGGAACCAGGAAGCGUGGAGGACUUUCUUGCUUCUCGUGGGGAAGAAUUCAAGAAAGGAUCAAUGGAUUCUCUUAACCUUUCACCUGAAGAUUUAGCUGGAGGAAAGAUGUCCACCGAAUAGAGAGAACUCUUCUUUGCUUUUGCUAAUUAAGUAUUAUGGAACGGACCUUCACAUUAUGUUCCAGUAAAUUUACAUUUUCUUGUAGUUCAGUGUUUGGUAUAUUGAAAUGCAAAAGACGUUAUACAAUCA